AUGGGGGAUUGGAACUUAUUGGGUGGCAUCCUAGAGGAAGUUCACUCCCACUCAACGAUAGUGGGGAAAAUCUGGCUGACCAUCCUGUUCAUCUUCCGAAUGCUGGUACUUCGUGUGGCCGCUGAGGACGUCUGGGACGACGAGCAGUCGGCGUUUGCCUGCAACACCCGGCAGCCAGGUUGCAGCAACAUCUGUUACGAUGAUGCCUUCCCGAUUUCUUUGAUCAGGUUCUGGGUUUUGCAGAUCAUCUUCGUGUCUUCUCCUUCUCUGGUGUACAUGGGCCAUGCGCUUUAUAGACUCAGGGCCUUCGAGAAGGAGAGGCAGAGGAAAAAGUCACAGCUUAGAGCCCAGAUGGAGAACCCAGAGCUUGACUUGGAGGAGCAGCAGAGGCUAGACAGGGAGCUGCGGAGGUUAGAGGAGCAGAAGAGAAUCCACAAAGUUCCUCUGAAGGGAUGUCUGCUGCGUACGUACGUCUUACACAUCUUGACCAGAUCGGUGCUGGAAGUAGGGUUCAUGAUAGGCCAGUAUAUCCUCUAUGGGUUUCAAAUGCACCCCCUCUACAAAUGCACUCAGCCGCCUUGCCCCAAUGCAGUGGAUUGCUUUGUAUCCAGGCCCACCGAGAAGACCAUUUUCAUGCUUUUUAUGCACAGCAUUGCAGCCAUCUCCUUGGUACUCAAUAUGCUGGAAAUAUUCCAUCUGGGCAUCAGGAAAAUCAUGAAGACACUUUACGAAAAAUCCAGCAGUGAGGGCAUUGAGGAAGAGACGGGCCCUCCAUUCCACCUGAGGAAAUAUUCAGUGGCCCAGCAAUGCAUGAUUUGCUCUUCUCUGCCCGAAAGAAUCUCGCUCCUUCAAGCAAACAAUCAACAGCAAGUGAUUCGAGUUAGUGUGCCAAAGUCUAAAACCACGUGGCAAAUCCCACAACCCAGGCAACUCGAGGUGGACCCUUCCUGUAGCAAAAAAGACUGGGCUGAGAAAGAGCUGAACAGCGGACAGCUCCAUGUACACAGCCCGUGCCCUUCGAAUGGAGGUGCCAGGGUUCAGCACCAGGGACAGCAACCAGACCAUCCCUCUUUUGGCCUACAGAACGCAGUGUCCCAGUCCUGGCUAGGUGCAGCAACGGCCCCUGGAAACUGUCCAUCCUGUGUAAUCGGAACCUGGGGACAGUCCCAGGACCUGGAGCCCUCAGGGGAACCCCCCUCAGAUCUUCACAGUCACUGCAGAGACAGCGAAGGCAGCGUGAGAGAGAGUGGGGUCUGGAUAGACAGAUCUCGCCCAGGCAGUCGCAAGGCCAGCUUUCUGUCCAGAUUGCUGUCUGAAAAGGGACAGCUGCACAGUGACUCAGGAAGCUCCGGAUCUCCCAACAGCUCCUGCCUGGAUUUUCCACACCGGGAAAACAGCCCCUCGUCUCUGCCUUCAGCCACUGGGCACAGAACAUCAAUGGUAAGACAGACAGCCCUCCUGAUCUCAGAACUGUCACAAGAGCUGGGCCACUCGUUCCCCUUUCCUCCUUCCUGGUGUAUAUAUGUCUGUGUUGAGAGAGAGAGAGAGAGGUCUAUGAAGAGAGAGAUUAACUUAUGGAGAGAGGUUCAUUCAUUUUAUACAUUCAGUUAA